AUCAAGACGGGGGCACCGUGUCGUUCGGAGAGACUGGCCAAGUACAAUCAACUGCUACGCAUCGAGGAAGAGCUUGGCUCAGCGGCCGUAUACGCUGGUGAGAAGUUCCGCAAUCCACAAGCUUAA